AUGGUUUUAAAUAUCUUGCUCCGAAGUGUGGAGGUCUGGCUCACCGUUCGACUCCUUCGAAGUCCAAUCUUCCAUCGUAUGGUGGGCCGAGUUCACCAGAAAGUUCAACACGUCAGGUACGGGGUGCCUCCGGAGGAGCAGGGCGGCACCAAACUCGAGAGACAAGAUUUCGAGUAUAAAAAAUUCCUUAAUCAUUUCAAGGAAGAGCUGAAGGACCAGAUAAAGGGAAAUACGCGGAACAAAUAUUAA